AUGAUGAGUGACAAGUUCAUCCGUCACCCGAAAGAAACACCGCCGGCGGUUGAAAAUGACGGCAGCGGAUCUGGAGCGAUUUCGAAUCCGAGUUGCUGUACGCGUCGAGCAUCCUCCGAAAUUUCGUCGUUGAUGACUACCUCGCCCUCAAAACUGCGCGCCUCCGCCUGUCGCAGUUGA